UUUUUACAGAUUUUGAAUAAUGUUAAUUAGAUAAACAUUUAGUUUCUUGUAAUAAUGAUGUUCUAAUAGGUUCUCCUCUCAAUCUCUUCUUUCUUUUCAAAGGCACUCAGUAUGGCAGUAACCAAUGAAACCUUUCAGGAGACUUCUUUUAUAUAUGAACAGAUGAUUGUAUUUGAGAUGAAUGAGAAGACUAUGGUUAAAGUGGCAGUGGCAAUCCUGAUGGCUGUAUUUUUUAUCUACAUAAAUUGCGUGAUGAUUUUUGCUAUGAGUAGCAGAAUUACUUUUAUGGAAAUUCCCCGCUACAUUCUCUUCACACAUUUGCUAUUAAAUGACUCCAUGCAGUUGCUGGUCAGCUGCCUUAUGUAUGUGUUUGCCUUGGUUUAUCUACGAUUGGUAAAGGUUGUCUGUGGACUGUUUGUCAUGUUUGGCAGUGGCAUGUCCCGUGUUGCCCCACUUAACCUGGCGUUGAUGUCUCUAGAACGCUAUGUAGCCAUCUGCCUCCCUCUACGGCAUAGUGACAUAGCCACACCCAAAAGAUCUGGCAUUGCCAUUGCUGUCAUCUGGCUUGUCAUAUUCAUAAAUCUUAUAAUUGAUAUGCUUUAUUCUACAGUAAAAGAUCCCGGCUUUUUUGUUACCCCAAUAUUUUGCACACGGCAGAAGUUAUUCAUUGCGUUGUGGCAGAUGCAAGUGUUUCAGGGGUUCAAUGCUUUUUGCUUUGUAGCUGUAUCGCUCAUCAUCAUUUACACAUACAUUGCCAUAAUUGUCACAGCCAGGUCUGCCUCUUCUGACAAAACGAAAGCCAGUAAGGCCCACAAGACAGUGCUGCUGCACCUGGUUCAGCUGGGCCUGUUGCUCUCCUCUUUUCUGUACGCACCCAUAGAAAGUGCACUGGCCAGUGUAGGCAGUACUACCAUCUUUAUUGACCUGCGAUACUUAAACUUCCUCUUCCUCAUCAUCCUGCCAAGAUGUCUGAGCCCACUCAUCUACGGGCUGAGGGAUGAUGCCGUACGACCCCUGUUCCUACACUACUUAACUUGCAGAACUAGAAAGGUCAAGGCUGCUGUGAUGGUACAAUAGAAGAAAACCUGGCACUAUUUUUCUUCAUGUUCCUUCAAGCCAGAUAACUGACCGGGUAAGUUAAGACAAUUGGGAGCCCAUCGUCAGUCUGGUACACUGGCAGAAUAGUCCCUAAUGGGUG